AACGAUCUAGUGAACUCCAACUCACUUAGCUUUCCAUCAGUGGGCCGGACACAUCCCAAAAUGCGUACCGACGGCUGAUGCGACCCAGACACGGCAGGUGACCGCCGAAAACGCCUCUUUUUCGUGUUAGGUCGGGCCAGGGAUGGAUCCAUUGCGGGCGUGCGGGAUCCAUCUCUGGCUCUCACAGUCAUGGCCGUCUCACUGUCGAUCCUAGCGGGUGGUAUGGGAGGUCCACCCGCCAAGCUCCUGCCAACCAUUUAAGGUGGAAGUCUGCUGUUUGGGAUUCGGUUCUUCUCUCAUCGUGAGACCCCCAGUUCACCAUGUCUUCAAUCGACCAGACGUGGGAUUUCAUCGUUGUAGGUGGUGGCCCAGCGGGCUGCGCCCUUGCGUCAAGGCUCGCACGAUCGGCAAGACACCCUCGAGUUCUGCUGCUGGAAGCUGGCCCUCGCAACGAUGAUCCGUCACUGCGCGUGGAUGGUCAACGGUGGCAGACCUUUAUGAAUGGAGACCUGAACUGGGGAUACAAAACCACGCCACAAGAACAUUGCAAUGACCGGCAGAUCGACUACUCUCGGGGAAAGGUGCUGGGUGGCAGCAGUGCUAUCAACUUUGGUGUCUACACUGUUGGUGCGCGAGACGACUAUAACGAGUGGGCAGCUCUUGUUGGAGAUGACUUGUAUUGCUGGGAACGCAUGAAGGCUCGGUUCAGGGGGUUGGAGACGUUUGACGGUGCUAUUGUUGACCCGACGCACACUAAGUAUGCGACCCCGAAGGCCUCCGACCACGGGUCCCAAGGCGGACUGAAGGUCGGCUACGCUGCUGAAUGGGAGCAGGAUCUCCCUCUCAUGAUGGAUGUGUUUGAGCAGGCUGGCCUUGCACGGAACCCUGAUCACAACUCGGGUGACCCCAUUGGCAUGGCCUUGGUUAUUAACUCGUCUCAUCAAGGCCAAAGGGUGACCGCGACUGACCUCUUGAAGGGUGCGCCGUCGAAUCUGACUGUCAUCACAGAGGCGCCGGUGCUGAAGGUGCUACUUCAAGGCACCAAGGCUGUUGGUGUGGUUACCAAGGAGAAAACAUACCUUGCAUCCAAAGAAGUGAUCUUGACACCCGGGUCGCUGGAUACGCCCAAGAUCCUCAUGCACUCCGGGAUUGGACCGGCAGAACAGCUGCGAAAAUUCCAGAUUCCCAUCGUCAAAGACGUUCCUGCAGUUGGACAGGGUCUUCGGGACCACUUCUUCGCCCCGCUGUGCUUCCAACGUAACCCGACGACGAACGAUCGCAAUGCUUUCUUUGGCGACCAGGCGGCCAUGGCAUCAGCUCUGGAGCAAUGGAGCAAAGAUGGCACCGGGCCGUGGGCUCGGCACUCGUGCCAAAUCGCCGCCGGCUGGCUCAAGUCGGACCGUUUGGUCGAGUCUGCCGAGUUCAAAGCGCUGCCUUCUACGGUGCAGGAGUUUCUGCAGCGUGACACGGUGCCGCAUUACGAGUUUAUGACGCACUUUCCCCUGCACCUCAUUUCGCCCGAGGCUACCCAGGACUACAGCUACAUCUGUAUGCUGGUGUUCCUGAUGAACGAGCAGUCGAGCGGCGAAGUGCGGCUGCAGUCGGCUAACCCUGAAGAUCCUCUGUUGUUUGACCCGAAGUUUCUGUCCCAUCCAUUUGACCGGCGGGCGUGCAUCGAGAUCUAUCGCCAUGCGCUCGAGGUGACGAAGCAUGAAUCAUUCCAGAAAGACACCGUGUCGACCUUGAUUGCCCCACCAUCUGAGUCCGACGAGGAUAUCUUGGAGUUCUGGAAGAACACGCUGGGAUCGAGCUGGCAUAUGACCGGGACGGCCAAGAUGGGGAAGGCAGGGGAUGUUGAUGCAGUCGUGGACAAUCGGUUCCGGGUGUUUGGCAUUGGGAAUCUGCGGGUGGCCGACAUGAGCGUGGUGCCAGUGUUGACCAACAACCACACGCAGGCGACGGCGUAUGUGACGGGGGUGACGUGUGGAGAUGCGCUGGCAGCGGAGUAUGGCCUGGACGGGCUCCAACCAGCGCGACUGUAGACAGUUUCAUAGUAUGUCAGGUGAUCCCGAGUCUCCCAGAAGUGAGAGAUGUGGCUGCAGCCAACUCUUCUGGGCCCAGAGGCUGGUGGCCGCCUUGACCAAUGAAUUCCUGUCUAUUUCCAUCGCCCUAUCACAAUAACCUAAUGAUAAAGGGACGGAACAAGCCAUCCAAUUUCCAGUGUUGUCACUGGAUCCAGUUAAUGUUGCAUUGCCAAGCA